CUCACUGACAGUCAGGAGCUGGACUGAGGCCAGCAGGGUCACAGAUCAUCUUCCACUUCUCUCCUUUUACCAUCUCUGCCUACAAACAGAAAAACCUACAGAGGCGAAAUGGAAAAACAUCCAUAGAACAUCACCUGACUCGGUCCGUAGACGUCGGUUUCUGGAUAAGCUUUGGGACUUCAACUCCUCAAGCUGGAUUUCCCUUCUUUGGGCUUAUUUCUUAGUCACAUUUUAUGAUUUUAAUCAGCAUUUUUUUUGGGCUGUUUUAGUGUUUUUUAAUUUUUUUAAAUACUACACGUGUUCUGGACGUCAAUGGCAGUUGGUGUGCUUGACUCACAAACAAAAAGCUCCUUAAACGGGAGCACAUUGUUUGACCGCGGCUCUUUGAAAGAGCAGGAACUUCCACCUCCCCUCCGGAGCCACCUUUGUUUGACCAUGUUGGCGUGCUUCUGUCCGGCAUACCCUGUCAACAUAGUGGCCCUGGUCUUCUCUGUCAUGUCUAGAAACAGUUACUAUCAAGGUGACUACGAUGGUUCCAGGAGGCUGGGCAGGAGCGCCUUAUACGUCGCCAUGGCAUCAAUCAUCAUCGGCCUUCUCGUCAUCGCCAUCACCUGCAUCGUUCAUUUCACCACAAUGGAUCAUUAGCACUGAGAGGAAGGGAGAAUAAAUAUGAGACAAAGCAACAGAAACCGCUGGAGGAUGGUAUCUGGACCGGCUCGUGUUACUUUCCCCCCGUUGACGGGAAAUGACUCAUUUUUACUGCUUUCUAUAACUCAUUUCCCCCCCAUCUUUCCUCUUUUCAUUU